CUCAUUUCAACAUGCUUUGCCGAUUGACGCGCCAAGUCCGAGCGGCGCCGCUCGCGACGACUCGAAGCUUCACGACGAAGAAGGUGUUCCUUCCGAUCCUGCGCAAGUUCAAGCAAGUGAACUCGGAUGCGUUCUUGCCGCCCUCGCUGUUCCAACAAAAGAUCAUUCUGGUAGUGAACACCGCAUCCAAGUGCGGCCUCACGCCCCAAUUGAAGUCGUUGCAAGAACUCCAUACCCGAUAUGCCGCGAAAGGACUCACGGUGCUUGCCGUCCCAUCCAACGACUUUGGCGCCCAAGAGCCAGAAGACGACGCGACGUUGGAAGCCUUUUACAAGUCGGAGUACAACGUGACGUUUCCCAUCACGACCAAGACCAAAGUGCUUGGGGACGAUGCCCAUCCCUUCUACCAAGCGAUUGUCGAGCAUUACACGAACGAAGUGUCCCCAGCGUAUGUCCAUCAUCAUCGUCCUCACUAUCUCUCUCUCUCUCUCGUCCCAUCUCAACAUCCCCCGUACAUCCAGAUGGAACUUUGAAAAGUUCAUCGUCGACGAAUCCGGCGACCUCCGCGCCGUGUUUCCUCGCAACGUAGACCCGUUGGAGCCCGAAGUCAUUGAAACCAUCGAGAACCUGCUCAAGAACCUCGCACCCCCUUCUCCUCCAUCUACCACUACCCCCACAGCCUAAACCAUCCAAUCCCACCCAAUUCAACCAUCACCAGUCGUAUUAUGGGUUUGCAUCUCGCGUCACAUGGUCUACUUGGCUGGGCCACGUAGGACUGCUCGCACGGUCGGGUGGUCGUUCAUCCAAUACCAUCGUCUCUUCGUCGUACAGCUCCAAAUGGAUGUCGGCCGUCACCACAUACGACAGCCGCUCGAUUUCCCUACCACGUCGCAGAUUGUCAGAUGUCACAGACAUGGUCAUGCGAUAGAUACCGCCUCGCGCGCCGCGCAAUGUUGUGGACGUCGCGCACCGCCAUGUCUGGAUGCACCACGAUCGUCACGUCCAAGUCGGUGCCGUACGCCGUGCCGAGUUCCGAUGGCCGGUCGCGAUGGACCACCCAAUGAACAUUGACAUGGGUCACACUCAAAAUCUCUGGAAUCGCCUUGAUCGCAUGCAGAACAUCGUGCUUGAUUUCACGAAACGGCCGCAUUUGCUCGGCCGAGUUGCUGCUGCUGCCGUCGUCGUGGUCGUGUUCUACUCAUGUUGACCAUGUGGAUACAAGUUAAUGCAUGGACAUUUC